GGGCAUUAUUAAAAUUCGAAUCAUUCAAUGUUUCUAGUAUUCUGUCGCUAGAUGGCCACUGUGUAUACGCGAUAUAAAUAAAUAGCGAUUGCUUGUGCUGCUGCUCACAUGAGCAUGAAAAAUUCCAUUCAUAAUACUCAUCACAUCGUGUUUUUGUUAUCAUCUCGUUCGAAUCAUAAAUUUCAAUUUUUUUUGUCUUGUUUUUUUUGAUGAAUAAAAUAUUUCGAAAUGCAAAACGGUAUCAAUCAAUGGAAACGAUCAAAGCAUAAAGCUUUGAAUGGUGGUCAAGAUGAUGAAACAACAUUAUUUGUAUUUGGUUAUCAAUGUAAAUUAUAUCGUGAUGAUGAAAAAGCACGUUGGAUUAACAAUGGCCGACAUUUAAUACCAUGGAUGGGUGAUCAUAAUGUUCUCAUUGACAGAUAUGAUGCACGUGGCUAUCUACAUGAUCUUUCCGAUCUAAAUCAUCGACAAACAUUGAAAUCUAUUGAUGAUGAUAAUGAUAAUGAUGAAAAAUUUGAAUUGGAAUUGAAUCGUGAACGUUUUCGUGAUCUUUGUGAUGCAGAUCAAAUGGAUGAUAAAGUGACAAACAAAGAAAUGUCUGGUGAUUAUUCUAAUGUUGGCUAUUCAUAUGAUUCGAAUGUUUUGACCGAUAAUAGUGGUGGUGGUGGUGGUGGUCGUGGCGAUGAAGAUGGAAAACCUGAUGAUGAUGAUGAUGAUUAUCAAAUACCAAUUGGACUAAUCAUACCGGAUAAUAUGCAAUUACCGUCGAAUAUGAAAUUACAUCAAAUUAUUGCAAAGACAGCUUCAUUUGUUUCAACACAAGGAUUACAAAUGGAAAUUUUAUUGAAAACAAAACAGGCAUCAAAUUCGAAUUUUGAAUUUCUUUCCAUUGAUUCACGGCUACAUCCAUAUUAUAAACAUUUAUUAUCGGAAAUGAAAUCUGGACGAUAUCGAUUCAAUGAUGAUUCACCUAAACAAUCUAAAUUAAAUGAUGAUAAUCAUCAAGAUGAAUCCGAUGAUGAUGAUGAUGAUGACGGUGAUUAUCUUCAUCCAAGUUUAUUGUCCAAAAAAACAUCACAAACAAUUGAAAAAGUUGAGAUUCCAAGCUUAUUUAUGAAGAAUAAUAAUAGUGAACAAGAAUUGGCUUAUUCAAAAUUGGUUAAAAAUUUCAAAGAUAAAUUUGGUGAUGAUAUCGAACCGGCAGAAGAAAAACCGAAAACGGAAUCUACUGAAAUACCAACAAUAAAAGAUGCUGGUAGUAGUAGUAGUAGUAGUAAUAAUAAUCAAUCAAGUCCAAUGUUGAUACCGAAACCAUCGGCUGAUAUCAAAUUGAUAAUCGAUAAACUAGCCGAACAUGUAGCACAAAAUGGUGAAAAUUUCGAAACAUCAAUUCGUGAAUUAAAUAAUCCAAAAUUUGAUUUUCUUAACAAUGGACAUCGUUUUAAUGCCUAUUAUGUACAACAAAAAAUUCAUUUUAUUGCUCGCCAUAAACAAAAAGAACGAAUGGAAAAAUUGCAAAAAUCUAGAUUGGAAAAAUCAUCACCAUCAUCUUCUGUAACAUUUUCAAUGACCGGUACAAGAAAAGAAGAUUCGAAAAAAUCUCGUCUUGUCGUUAUAACUGAUGAUCGUGUUCGUAAGAAUUUAACUGCUGAACCAAAUGAUGAUGGUGUUGAUAAUGAUGGUGAUAAUAAUCAUAGUGAUGAUGAUGGUGAUCAUCAUCAUGGAGAAGAAUCGAAACCGGUUGCCAAAAAUCUUUCAGCUCAAGAAAAACGAUUGCAAGAAUUUCGUAAAAGAAAAGCUCAAGAAUUUCUGAAAUUUUUACGCAAUCAAAAUCGAUUGGCUAAUGAUCCUGUUACAUUUGGACCAAAUCUACCACCAGUGGACAAUGUAGAAUUAUCUCCUACGAUCGAAAGGGUUACAUCGCCACCAUUACAACCAUUGUAUGAUUCUAGUGAUUCAGCAGACGACCAACAAGAUGAUCGGAAUCAAGUUGUCGAUACACCCAUAGUCAAAACCGAUCGAUCACCAUCAAAAAAUUAUGAUCCUAUAAUCAUUGAUGAUUACCGUUCACCACCGAAACGUUAUCGAGGCUCAGAUGAUGAUCAUGAUUUCGAUAAACAUCAGCGACGAAAAAGAUUACGAUCAAGAUCAACAUCUUCGGAAAGACGACAUAGACGUCAUCACAAAAACAACCGACAUUCAAAACAUUCUCGAAAAAGAUCUAGAUCCAAAUCACGUGAUCGUGAUCAUAAUUAUCGAUCAUCAAAUCGUCAUCAUCAUCAUCAUCGAAGUUCAAAAUCCAAACGAAAUCGACAUCAUGAUCAUCUUCGUCGUUCAUCUUCAUCAACAUCAGCAUUGUCAUCACGAUCAAGAUCUAGAUCGAGAUCAAGAUCAAGUUCAUCAUCGUCAUCACGACCAUCCAGAUCUAGACGUCAUUAUCAUCGAUAAAAAAAAAUAUCAUGAUAAUAACAA